AUGCAGUAUGCAAAUGAGAAGAGAAAGAUCCCUGCAGUGCCUAAUGGAGAGCUGGCAGAGACGGAGGAACAUGGUGGACAUGGAGGCCCUGAGCUGCAGCGCACCGGGAGGUUUUUUGGUGGAUUGGUUCUGGAUGUGAAGAGGAAGGCUCCGCACUUCCUGUCGGAUUUCACAGAUGCGCUCAGCCUGCAGUGUUUGGCCUCUUUCCUGUUUCUGUACUGCGCCUGCAUGUCCCCUGUUAUCACCUUCGGAGGACUGCUGGGAGAAGCCACAGAGGGACGCAUAAGUGCAAUUGAAUCGCUGUUUGGAGCCUCCAUGACUGGAAUUGCUUACUCGCUAUUUGCCGGACAGCCUCUCACUAUUCUGGGCAGCACUGGACCCGUUCUGGUGUUUGAGAAAAUAUUAUUCAAAUUCUGCAA